AUAUGAUUUCUUAGCUCAGAAUUUAAAUAUUAUAAUACAUGGCAUUUGGAAAACACAUCAUAGAUAUACUUUUGGAUUUCAUUCUAAUUUUAAAUUUGGCUGCGUUACCACUGAAGUGCACAACAGUCUUGUGCAGAGGUUUUUCAGUGGUGUUUGCAAGUUGAAAACCAAGAGAAGUUUUCCUUGGAUGCAGAUAUGACUUCAAUUGAGAUGAUAGCAACAAGUGAUCAAACACAAGUUCAAGGGUCCAAAUAUACAACAGAAAAGAUGGUUGACAUGAUGCAGGAUUCCAAGGAAAACAAGGUGAAGAAUGAAAUCAACAAAACAGUACCCUUUUACAAACUUUUCUCAUUUGCAGACUCUCAGGACUCUCUUCUGAUGCUUGUUGGGGCAAUAAGUGCUGUUGCUAAUGGAAUCUGUACGCCUUCACUGGCUAUAUUUGUUGGAGAUGCGAUUGAUGCCUUGGGAGGACAUGUUGAUAAUAAACAAGUACUUCAUGAAGUUUCUAAGGUGUCUCUGAAGAUUGCAUCCAUAGGCGCAGUUGCCUUUCUAGCAGCAUUCUUGCAGGUGUCUUGCUGGGUGAUCACUGGGGAGAGACAAGCUGCAAGAAUAAGAGGCUUAUACCUCAAAGCAAUUUUGAGGCAAGAUAUCAGUUUCUUUGACAAGGAAACCAACAGUGGAGAGGUUGUUGGAAGGAUGUCAGGGGACACAGUUCUUAUUCAAGAAGCCAUGGGAGAGAAGGUAGGAAAGUUCAUACAGAGUGUGUCAAGUUUUCUAGGAGCCCUAACCUUAGCCUUCACCAAGGGUUGGCUUCUGAGCCUUGUCCUUCUUUCUUCUGUUCCUCUUCUUGUCCUCUCUGGUUCCAUGAUGAGCUUAGCUUUUUCAAAGAUGGCAUCUCGAGGACAAGCUGCUUAUUCUGAGGCAGCAACUGUAGUGGAGCAGACAAUUGGUUCAAUUCGAACUGUUGCGUCAUUUACAGGUGAGAAGCAAGCUAUAGCUCAAUACAAUCGAUACUUAACUAAAGCUUACAGGAUUUCAGUGCAAGAGGGCGUGGUUAGUGGUUUUGGCAUGGCUUCAUUUCAACUAUUUUCAAUCUGCACUUAUGGUUUGGCAGUAUGGUUUGGAGGGAAGAUGGUAUUAGAGAAAGGUUACUCAGGAGGACAAGUCAUUGGUGUGUUUUGGGCAAUAACGACUGGUUGUUUGCGUCUGGGGCAGGCAUCUCCAAGCUUAACAGCAUUUUCUGCAGGAAAAGCUGCUGCCUUUAAAAUGUUUGAAACAAUAAAGAGGCAGCCAGAUAUUGAUGCUUAUGACUCUUCUGGUCAACAACUAGAUGACAUUUCAGGAGAUAUAGAACUUAGGGAGGUUUGCUUUAGUUAUCCUUCAAGACCUGAUGAACAAAUAUUCAAUAGAUUUUCAAUUUCAAUAUCAAGUGGCACUACUGCAGCAUUGGUAGGGCAAAGUGGCAGUGGGAAAUCAACAGUUAUUAGUUUGAUUGAAAGAUUUUAUGAUCCGCAAACCGGUGAAGUUCUCAUUGACGGCAUCAACCUCAGAGAAUUUCAAUUGAAAUGGAUCAGACAGAAAAUAGGCCUUGUCAGCCAGGAACCAGUCCUUUUUACUGGUAGCAUUAAAGAAAAUAUUGCCUAUGGUAAGGAUGGGGCAACAGAAGAAGAAAUCAGAGCUGCAGCUGAGCUUGCUAAUGCUAUUAAGUUCAUUGAUGAAUUUCAACAUGGGCUUGACACAAUGGUCGGCGAGCGUGGAACUCAGCUCUCUGGUGGUCAAAAACAAAGAAUAUCUAUAGCAAGAGCAAUUCUAAAAGACCCAAGAAUUCUUCUCCUUGAUGAAGCCACAAGUGCUCUUGAUGUAGAAUCAGAGAGAGUGGUGCAAGAGACACUAGACAGAAUUAUGAUCAACCGAACAACUGUCAUUGUAGCCCAUCGCUUAAGCACGAUCAGGAAUUCUGAUAUCAUUGCAGUUAUUCAUAAAGGAAAACUACAAGAAAAAGGUUCAUAUGCUGAACUUACUAAUGAUCCUGAUGGAGCUUUUAGCCAGCUCAUUAGAUUGCAAGAAAUUAGAAGGGAGUCAGAACAGCAUGAAGCAAACGACUCAGGCCGGCCAGAAAACUUAAUAGAUUCUGAACAACAAUUGAGCCAACAAUUUUCUUUGCCUCUAACUUUCAGCGAUCAAUCAUCUGGAAGAGAAAACAGCAGUCAGCACUCAUUCAAAACGUCCAAUGCCAUGCCUAUCACACCAGAUCGCUUUCAAACACCAAAAGAAUGGCCUGAAGUUCUUCCGUCAGCAACAUCACAUACGCCUCGAGAAGUUUCGUUUUUCCGCAUUGCUUAUCUUAACAAACCUGAAAUCCUAGUGUUACUCAUGGGAACUCUAGCAGCCGCAGCAACUGGCGCAGUACAACCCACUAUGGGGCUUUUGCUUUCUAACAUGAUAAACACUUUCCUUGAGCCUGCAGAUGAACUCCGUAAAGACUCAAAGUUUUGGUCAUUAAUAUUUGUUGCCCUUGGUAUCGCUGCCUUCAUACUUAUUCCAUUAAGGUCCUACUUCUUUGGUGUAGCUGGUUCUAAGUUGAUAAAAAGGAUCCGGCUAAUGUGCUUUGAGAAAAUAAUUCACAUGGAAAUGAGCUGGUUUGAUAAAGCUGAAAAUUCAAGUGGAGUUCUUGGAGCAAGGCUGUCAACUGAUGCAGCUUCCAUUAGAACUAUGGUUGGGGAUGCUCUUGGUUUGUUGAUUCAAGAUAUCUCGACAGCAUUGACAGCCUUGGUAAUUGCCUUUCAGGCAAACUGCCAACUUUCUCUAAUCAUUCUAGUUUUGGUACCACUGGUGUUACUAAAUGGAUAUUUGCAAAUGAAGUCAAUGCAAUGUUUCAGCACAGAUGCAAAGAAACUAUAUGAGGAAGCAAGUCAAGUAGCAAAUGAAGCAGUAGGGAAUAUAAGAACAGUUGCCUCUUUCUGUGCUGAAGAGAAGGUGAUGGAGUUAUACCAGAACAAAUGUUUAGGACCAAUCAAGACAAGUAUAAAGCUAGGUUUAAUCAGCGGAGCCGGCUUUGGUCUAUCAAUCUUCUUUCUGUACGCUUUUAAUGCAUGCGGUUUUUAUGUUGGAGCAAGACUAAUUGAGAAUGGCAAAGCAUCAUUCUCAGAUGUUUUCCGUGUAUUUUAUGUUAUAAUAAUGGCAGCCAUAGCAAUGUCGCAAUCUGGCUUCCUGACCCCAGCUGCCAGUAAAGCAAAAUGUUCUGUUGCUUCUAUAUUUGCUAUUCUUGAUCAGAAAUCAAGAAUAGAUCCCAGUGAUGAAUCUAGAAUGACAUUACAAGAAGUGAAGGGAGAGAUUGAGUUUCACCAUGUCACUUUCAAGUAUCCAACAAGGCCUAAUGCUCUUGUACUCAAAGAUCUUUCCUUGACUAUUCAUGCAGGAGAGACUGUUGCUCUGGUAGGUAAAAGUGGAAGUGGAAAGUCAACAAUGCUCUCACUGUUACAGAGAUUUUACGACCCAGAUUCAGGUCAAAUCACACUGGAUGGAACAGAAGUGCAAAAGCUACAACUUAAAUGGCUUAGGCAGCAGAUGGGUAUGGUGAGCCAGGAGCCUGUGUUGUUUGAUGACACCAUUCGAGCCAAUAUUGCAUAUGGAAAAGGUGGUGAUGCAACAGAAGCUGAAAUUGUAGCUGCAGCAGAACUGGCAAAUGCACACAAGUUCAUUAGCAGUUUGCAGCAGGGAUAUGAUACAUUAGUGGGGGUGAGAGGGAUUCAAUUAUCAGGAGGACAGAAGCAGAGGGUGGCAAUUGCAAGAUCCAUUGUAAAGAGUCCAAAAAUAUUACUGCUAGAUGAAGCCACCAGUGCACUUGAUGCUGAGUCUGAAAGAAUGGUUCAGGAUGCACUUGACAGAGUGAGGCUGGAUAGAACCACAGUUGUGGUGGCUCACAGGUUAUCCACAAUAAAGGAUGCAGAUUCAAUUGCAGUGGUUGAAUAUGGAGUCAUUGCAGAGAAAGGAAAGCAUGAGACUUUACUUAACAAAGGUGGUACAUAUGCUUCCUUAGUAGCACUGCAUAUCAGUGCUUCUUCUUCAUAAAUCAUCCUAGUUCAUCGCACCAAUCAUCUGGUGGUUUCUUAAUCCCUUCUUUGAGGCAUUAUUCCUGUAUAAUGAAUAUAUACACUCA